GGGUGGGGACUACACGUCCCAGGGCGCCCCGCGCGGCCCCGGCGCCUACCGGACGCGGACGCUGAGGCCUGUUUUGCGCCCCGGGGCGGGGGGCCUCGCCCGGACGGCUUCCCGGCGGCUACGGCGGCGCGAUGGACAGCCCCGAGGUCACCUUCACGCUGGCCUACCUGGUGUUCGCCGUAUGCUUCGUGUUCACGCCCACCGAGUUCCACUCGGCCGGGCUCACGGUGCAGAACCUGCUGUCGGGCUGGCUGGGCAGCGAGGACGCCGCCUUCGUGCCCUACCACCUGCGUCGCACGGCCGCCACGCUGCUGUGCCACUCGCUGCUGCCGCUCGGCUACUACGUGGGCAUGUGCUUCGCAGCUUCAGAAAAGCGGCUCUACUCCCCGAGCCAGGCCCCGGAGACCUGGCGGCUCUUCCUCCUGCUGGCGCUGACGCUGCCCACCGCUGCCUGCGCCCUGAUCUACCACUGGUCCCGCGACCGCUGGGCCCACCACCCGCUGGCCCGCGCCCUGGCCCUCUACGCCCCCCCGCAGUCGGGCUGGCGGGCCGUCGCUUCCUCCGUGAACACCGAGUUCCGGCGGAUUGACAAGUUUGCCACCGGGGCGCCAGGCGCCCGCGUGAUUGUGACGGACACGUGGGUGAUGAAGGUGACCACGUACCGCGUGCACGUGGCCCAGCAGCAGGACGUGCACCUGACCGUGACGCAGUCCCAGCAGCAUGACCUCUCGCCAGACUCGAACCUGCCCGUGCAGCUCCUAACCAUCCGCGUGGCCAGUGCCAGCCCUGCCGUGCCGGCCUUCGACAUCCGGCUGAACUCCACGGAGUACGGUGAGCUGUGCGAGAAGCUCCGGGCACCCAUCCGCAGCGCAGCCAACGUGGUCAUCCGCCAGAGCCUGGGCGACCUGUUCCUGGAGACCUUCGCCUCCCUGGUGGAGGCCAACCCGGCCUACUCAGUCCCCAGCAGCCAGGACCUGGAGGCUUGCAUCGGCUGCAUGCAGACCCGGGCCAGUGUGAAGCUGGUGAAGACCUGCCAGGAGGCGGCCGAGGGCGCGUGCCAGCAGUGCUCCUGCCGCCCCAUGUGGUGCCUCACCUGCAUGGGCAAGUGGUUCGCCAGCCGCCAGGACCCACAGCGCCCUGACACCUGGCUGGCCAGCCGAGUGCCCUGCCCCACCUGCCGGGCACGCUUCUGCAUCCUGGACGUGUGUGCCGUCCGAUAAGCCCGCUGGCCCUGCCGGUGACCCUUGAAGAGCAGGCAGGAAUUAGGGCCUCCAUCCAGGCUGUCAGCAGGUUGGCAGGGUGACUCGCCUCUGUCCUGAGGCUGCCAGGAGGGCCAGGGCUUUUUGAAGUUUUCUGCUGCAGUGGGGUUGGUUUUCAGCACCUCUGCGUCCCUCACUCUCUGUUCUUCUGAGUAGGGGUGGCGUGCUGGACACCGGACAUGGUGCUGGGUCUGUCUCCAGGGCGUUCUGGGCCGCUGUGCCGGAGACCCCGUGGUCUGCCCCAGGUGGCCCUCGCCUGAACCACUUGCCUUAAAUUUCUGGGCACAAGACCUUUGACUGCUCCUCAUCAGCUACCCGACAGACUCAGAUUUGCCCAAGGCUGCCCCACUCCUGUCCCCAGCCUGCCUCCACUCUGAGGACCUGGCACAGAGCGGGGAAGUGGAGGGGGAGACCCGAGUCACUGCUCCAGGGAGGAAACAGCGCCCAGGGUCUCCCGGGGAUCGUGGCCGGCCAAGGCCCGCCCCCUGCCCCGGGAUACCUUGGGCUUUCUGUCAGGGUCUGGGUGCGGGGCUGGCUGUUUUUAGCCAUGUGUUUGUGGGCGCUGCCCACCCCUCGGAGGGGUCUGUACCACGUGCCUUCUGCUGCCCAUGAGUCCAGGGAAAGGGCCCAGUCUUAGACGCCUGGUUGCAAGGGCGCUGAAUUGAAGACCAAGCACCCCAGCAACAUCCUCCAUCUGGAAAACGGGCACCAGGCCGGUCACAGCCCCGCAGGAUCUGCCCCUUCAGAAGGGGACGUGCUCCGCGGUUGAGGCUGUGACAGCCGUCUUCCCAGGUCCUGGUGGUGCCGGUGGGGAGCAGUGAGGGAAGUUCCAGGCCCAGGGUACAGCUGACAGAUGGAGCUGUGGGAGUGGCCCCAAGCCCCCUAAACCUAGUCAUUUUAAGCAGGGGAGAUGGACUCAGCUGGCCCAGCUCACCCAUGGCCGCACCAAACUCACGGAUUGGGAGUGAGAAGGCCCAGCUUUGUGGUCCUCGGGGCCACGCACAGAUGAAGGCCAUCAGAGGGGCAGCCAGGAGCCGUGCCCUGCCCUGCCUCAGCCUGGAGUUUCAAACCCUGGUAAGGGAGAGCCAGGUCUGGGGACAUUUUUUCUGCAAAAGAACAUUGCUUAGUUUUAUAAAGAUAGAUCUAUUGUAGUGAAGUGAUACACUAUUUAAUAAAAUAUUAGUAUGAACUUGUAA